AUGGGCAACAUCUGCUCCCGCUCCUCGAACGAACCCGAGGCAUUCUCCGGCCCCGGCCGCGUCGUCGGCGCAUCCCCGUCCUCUCCGUCUGCCGCCCCCCGAGCCCCGCUCCCCGCCAAGAACUGGAAGAACACACCCGGGCGGACACUCGGUGACAGCAGAGACACGCAAGGGGGCGCCGACGAGGCGCGGUCAAAUGCUGCCAUAGCAGCGCAGAAACGAGCCGAGGAAGCCUCCUCGAACAAGGGCAAACUAGGCUCAAAACUCGCGGCGCAAAAGGCCAAGACCCAGACGCAGACUUUGGGCGAGGUUAGUCAAGAUGAGAGAGCUGCGCGCGAUGCGGAUGGGGCCGAGGAGGCUAGGCGUUGGCAGUAA